ACUGCUAUGCGGCCUCAUUCGCCCCUCUGCCCCUCUCUUCCCUACAACCUCGUUCCGUGCCAUGAACAUCCCCCUGCCGCCCGCCCUGUGCCCCCCCCUGAGACUGCUUGUGCACGGCAGGGGCGCGGACGUGAGUGUGGAGGGCUUCACCAAGGGGUACACGCACGUGUUCAUCACUACCUUUGACGACACGGCGGGGCGCGAUGCGUAUGUGGAGCACCCGGAGCACAAGGCGUAUGCAGGGGUGUUCUUCCAGGGGCUGGAGGACGGCAUUGUGCUCGACUAUGUGCCCUCCGUUGUCCUCUCCCGCUUCUACUCCUGA